CACAACACAGUACAAGAAAGCACAGAAUAAGACCGGAUCGUAACAAUAUUGCUUGCAAACGCCAUCACCAAAAUUCCUUCACACAAAUCACAGCACCUGCAAAUCACACAAACAAUGCAACUCGAAAAAGCCGAAGCCAUCGCAAAGACAACAAUGAAGCGUCAUCUGAUUCCACAAUGCCAAAGGCUAGGUGACAAUCAGUACAUGAAUAACAAAUUCGCAAUUCUCGGGCAAUGCCAGCCUUUGGUAAAUGAAAGGAAUGGCCGAGAGAAUGCCAAGCGGCAAAAGCUGAGCAAGUCGCACAACGAAGAGUCUUUACAUCCGACAGUAACACCUCUUCCCACCAAGCCCGAUAACGAGCAUCGAAUGGUGGCACUCCUUUCAUCCGCCAUGCUUGUUUUUUCAAACGAACAAGAAGAGGAAGGCCGACCAAAAGAAGAUGCACAAGAUGAGGAGCAAUCGGACGGUACCACUUCCCAAUCCUCCUAUGAUUCAUUGACGCAAGAUCAGGACAAGAAAACAGGUGCGAGACCCGCCGCAAGCACAGCGCCUCUUGCUAUCACGAGCUCCACAAGAAAAAAGCGCAGCGUCAGCUUUAACGAAAACGACAUUUACAAGUCCUACCAAAUGAAACCCAUCUCCCCGUCCACGAACAACUGCGAUAUUAUAUCUUACGAAGACAUUGCAACCAAUGGUAGUCUUGAUAGGCAUCAUGGCCAUUACCUUCCACCUGCACCAAGAUUGCCGACACCCACCGAAAUUUUUCCUUUGAUUGCCCCUCUUUCAAAUCAGAGCAUCAACAAGAACGAUUGCAGUUCAUACAUGACGACUCGAAUAUACGGGGCAAAGUAAUUUCAUGACCGCAAAUGGGGGAGCAGGGGAAAGACGCAUUAGCUGCCAUAGAACUCGAAGAACCUUCAAUCAUACUACCCAUCAUUACGCUUGCUAGAACUUAAAGGACAACCUAAAAAUUAAUACUUUUAAUAGUA